UAUUGAUUGCCUUAUUGCUUUUGCUCUCUCCCUUUCUUUCAUCGCAAUCUUUACUCCAUCCUAUCCACCUAUUCAAUAUGGUCAACUACUUCCUCUUUGAGAGCUCUUCAGGAUAUGCUCUUUUUGAGCGUCUCGAGUCAGAAGAGAUUGGAUCCAAGCUUGCUGACGUUUGUGCUGCUGCCACUGACCUUACAAAGUUGGGCAAGAUGAUCAAACUGAAGUCUUUUGUUCCCUUCAAGAGCGCUGCCCACGCUCUUGAGAACAUGAAUGAUGUUUCUGAAGGUAUCAUGAACGACCACUUGAAGGCUUUCUUGGAACUGAACGUCCCGAAGCCUGGCAAAAAAUCGAAGGUUGUCUUGGGCGUAACUGAAAAGUCGCUUGCAGGAUCCAUUAAAGAGGGUCUUGGCAUUGAGUGUGAUGCAAGUGAGGUUGUUCUGGAUCUCGUCCGCGGUGUCCGUCUCUUUGCUGACAAGCUCUUGAAACAACUCAAGGAGGGUGAUCUCGAGCGUGCUCAGCUUGGUCUGGGUCACAGUUACUCUCGUGGCAAGGUUAAGUUUAACGUUCAUCGUUCUGAUAACAUGAUCAUUCAGGCCAUUGCCUUAUUGGAUCAGAUGGAUAAGGAUGUCAACACCUUUGCCAUGCGUAUCAGGGAAUGGUACUCGUGGCAUUUCCCUGAAUUGGUGAAGAUCGUCAACGAUAACUAUAAGUAUGCCAAAUUGGCACAGCUUAUUAAGAACAAAGGCGAGCUCUCUGAAAGCAAAUUGGAGGCUUUGGAGGAGAUCACCGGAGAUGCUGCUCAGGCUCAGCAGAUUGUGGACGCUGCACGUGCCUCUAUGGGUACUGACAUUUCCGAGAUUGAUAUGAUCAAUAUUGAGAACUUUGCCAGACGUGUCAUUGAUCUUGCUGAUUAUCGCAAGAAGUUGCACGAAUAUUUGAUCUCCAAGAUGAACAACGUUGCCCCCAACUUGUCUGCUUUGAUCGGCGAAAUGGUUGGUGCCCGCCUUAUCUCCCACGCGGGCUCACUGACCAACCUUUCCAAAUACCCUGCCUCAACUGUUCAGAUUCUUGGUGCAGAAAAAGCUCUUUUCCGCGCCUUGAAGACCAAGGGCAACACUCCCAAGUACGGUUUGAUCUACCAUUCAUCUUUCAUUGGUCGUGCAGGAACCAAAAACAAGGGCCGCAUCUCACGCUUCGUUGCCAAUAAGUGCUCAAUCGCUUCUCGCAUUGAUUGCUUCAGCGAAAUGCCUACUACCAAGUUUGGUGAGGCUAUGAAGGAGCAAGUGGAGCAGCGUCUUGAGUUCUAUGAGUCAGGCGCCACCCCUGCUAAGAAUGCUGAUACGAUGAAGAAGGUCAUUGACAGUCUCAAGGAGGCUGCUGACACUGAGAUGGAAGAUGUUGCCCCCAAGACUGGCAAGAAGAGAGCCGCUGAGGAGGAUAAGUCCUCCUCCAAGAGAGCCAAGAAGGAGAAGGAGGAGAAGGAGAAGAGUAGCAAGGAAGGAAAGAAGGAGAAGAAGGAUAAGGAUGACAAAAAGGAGAAGAAGGAGAAGAAGGACAAGAAAGAUAAGAAAGAUAAGAAGGAGAAGAAGUAAAACAAACAAGCAAAAAAUGCCUUGAUACUAUCCUUUUCACUCGCCUGAUUCAUUUUGUAGAGUAGCUUCACCUGACCCAUCUUUCCUCAUUGCUGCCUUUAUUUUUAUUCUUUUCAUUUUUUUUUUGUACACAAACUUAUCAUUAUUAACACCAUUAAAUGCAUUUUUAACGCGACUCUUAUUGGACGUGGCAAUAGUCAAUUGGGUUUAAAAAAGGUGGAUUACAU